UCCUCCCAUUGAGCCGAAGUGUCACCAAACCAGGUCCAUGGCGAGCACGGCGGGGUUCGCGGCCGUCUUCUACAGCGAGCCGGCCGUGCUGGGGCUCCUCGCCAACGUGGUCAGCGCCUUCCUCCUCUGCCUGCAGAACUUCACCGUGGCACACACUGGCCUCCGGCCACAGGAAGCAGAGGACAUCCUCGCAGGUGUCCACCUCAUCCUGAUCGGAGGCUUUGUCCAGCUCCUGGCAGGAUUCCUUGCCUUCCGGAAGUAUGACCACUUGGGAGGUGCAGCCUUUCUCACCUUCUCUGCUCUGUGGAGUAGCUACGGGGCUACACGCAUCAUCACGGCUGCUUACCCCUCCUUGCAGAACACAAUGCUGCCCUUGGGGAAUGCCAGCCACCUCCUGCCCACUGGCAUGGCCCACCUCUCCUCCAGCCAAAGUGCGGUGGCUGGGCUGGUGGCCUACAUUUCCAUUUCCUUUAUCCUCUCCUUCUGCUCGGCCACAGUGAACUACAUCAUGCCCUUCAUAUUUGGGGCCAUCGCGCUUGCCCUGGUGUUUGAAGCAGUUGCCCUGUUUGGCCAGUGGGCCCUGGUAGUGUCAGGUGUCAUUGAGCUGGUCAUUGUCAUCUGCGGGUUGUAUGGAGCGGUGGCUCUCCUCUUCAAGGGCAUCACACAACGGUAUGUCCUCCCAGGCUUUGGGCAUCCUCUCUUCAAUGUCUUGCUACUGGGGUCAGCACAGAAGAGGUCUUCCAAGGCCAUUGGGGAAGAAAAGAAAAAGAACACAAAGUAUGCUGAGCCAAUGGCCCUCGGCAACAUUUGCGAUACCGUCUCUCCCUUUCUAUUUGCCUUUUACUUCUUUGGGUACAUGAAGACCUUCUGUGUUGGAGCAGCGUGGAUAUCCAUCAUCUCCAGCUGCCAGCUGCUGUCCAGCUUCUACAGUUACCUGAGAGGUGAUGUCUACUACACCACCAAGUAUGGUGUCCACAGCCUCUACUGGCUGGUGAUGUCCUGGGAAGAGCUUACACUCACCACCUUCCUCGGGCUGGCCAACACUCAGGGGAGCAGGCUGGGAAUGCUUGGAGGGUGGUUUUUCCUGGCCACGGCCUGCAUGCUCUUUCUGAUGUCAACCCACAAAGAUACCCUGGAGAUGCUGCAAAACGCCUCGUUCAUCAUCCUCACAAUCGCCUUCAUCCACCAGAUCCCAACCCCAGGUGCUUACCUGUUCCUGGGGGCUGCCUGCAGCCUUUGCACUGCUCUCUCCAUGUAUGCCACUUUUGCCAGCCUUAUCAACUCCAUCGGGGAGAAGGUUUUGAUUCCAGUCGGUGGCCAGGCCAUGUCCAGCUCAGCUCUUCAAACCAUGCUGAUGGCUGCCAAAGUCUUCCUCACAAGGUCCAAGAACUUCCCCAGUGGCACCAGUGCUGAAGUGCCAGAUGCCUUGUUCUACAUCUGCAAUGGCCUGGCUGCAGUCUCCGCCAUCCAGGGUGGUUUUGGUGACCCCACCAGACAGCAGCUCUCCAUACCCUCCGUGCUUAUCCCAGGAGCCAUAGUGCAGCUGUACGUCUGCAGGAUCCAGGUUCAAGGAGGGAGAAGGUUUGGUUGCAUUCUUCCAUUCUGCUAUGCUGCCUUCUGGGGAGCAUGGACAUGGCUUCGGUUUGCAGGCCACUUGGUGAACAUCGGUGCGGGGAGCAGCGAAGGAUUCACCGCUGGUUCUAUUGCCUUUUUGGUGCUCAAUGCUUUUUUAAUUGUUUUAGCUUCCACUUUCAACGUGGUGCUUCUCUGCAUGACCCUCGCAAUGGAGCUCUUGACCAUUUGUUUUCUGCUCUUUACAUUGGAGAACCUUCCAUUGCCAUUUGAAAUUGCGAUGUUAAGCAUCUUCAGCAUCAUCUGCUUCUAUGGAGCAACAGCAUCACUUGCAAACUGCAUGUUUGGGAAGGAUCUCAUGAUGAUGGGACCCCCUCUGUUCACAGCUGAGAGCUCUAAGAAGGACACCCAAGAGCCUCCACCCUGUGUCUGCCCCAAGUCCCACUGUACGAGUGGCCUGAGGACCAUUGCUGACUUGCUGAACACGGGGGCCGUGUGUGGAGUCCCCACAGACACUGUGUACGCGUUGGCAGCCUCCUGCAAACACCCCCAGGCUAUCGAGAAGGUCUACAGGAUCAAGGACAGGCCUCAAGAAAAGCCCAUCUGCAUCUUUAUUUCAAACCUGGACCAGCUGCGAGCGGCUUCUCCCCCCAUCAGCCCCCUGCUUUGGGAAUUCAUGGAAAAUGUUUACCCUGGUGGCAUCGGUUGCAUUAUCCAGAAAGGAGAGUGGCUGAAGAAGUUAGGGGUUGGAGCAGGCUACAGCCGAGUGGGAACCCAAGACAGUAUCAUGAUCAGAGUGCCCGACCUGACUGUCCUGGUGCACCUCAUCGACAUGACGGGGCCCUUGGCAAUCACCUCUGCCAACCCCAGCGGAGAGGUUGACAGCACGCACCACGACAUGGUCAUCUCGCGCCUUGGCCAUAAGCUGGAGGGUGUUCUCUGUGAUGGAGAAUCUGAUGAGGUGGUGGCAUCAACCGUGGUCAACUGCACAAAGAUUGAUGAAAGCGGCAUCACCAUCGUGAGAGAAGGCUGCAUACCAGCAGGCAAGGUGAUGCAGAUAUUUGAGAGUGUGAAGAACAGAGUUGUCUGAAACCGACGGAAACUCUCCCCAAGCAAAGGAACAGCAUCUGGUCUCAAUGAAGGACACGAGGCAUCCCACGCCUCACUGGGGCACGUGGCCAUGUGAAAGCCAUACCUUCUUUAAUCAAGCACUUGCCUCCUUGGGAAACAGCAGCACUUCCCCACCCAGCAUCUCUCCCGGGAGCUUUCUGCGGCCAUUUAUUGUUUAUCUCCAGUAAGUGCCUGAAACCGCCGGGAGACCUGCCCACGGAGCACCAGCAGGGUCAGGAGCUGGUGCUUUAUUGCAGGAAUUCCCGGAGUGCCUGUGUUUCCUACAUGCCUUGAACUGUGAAUGUCCUGCCCGCUUGUAUAUCCCCUUCCACAACACUCAGAUCUGUGUAUUUUAAACUGCUAAAAUCCACUAAAUAAAUCCUCUUUCUGGAACAUAA